CCAAUUUUGACGUACCACAACAAACGCGACGGUCCAGCGAUCUGCAGCUGCUCAGAGAGUCGCACCGUCAUACCAGAAAUUCGUAUUUGAAUUUGAUCAAAAUCGCAUCUGUGCCUCAAAACUUUCCGGAUCUACCGAGAUGUAAAGGGAAAUGAUACGGUUCCGUGAAAAGUCGUUUUUCUUGGUGAAAAUGAACGGUUGACGGAGGAACUUUUCUCGAUAUCGGAAAAUUAGUGACCAUGGGGUUGAUUGGAAUGGAAAUUAUAAAUGUGAAAACUGGGCUUGAGUAGACGAGUCAUAUCUGAAGAAUGGGAUGGUUCCUUGUGUUUCUUGUCUGGUGGUGUGGCGCAUCAGCUAUUCCAAGCCCAGCAGCUGAUAGAAGUGACAACUGGAGGUGUCCACGUAUCGUGAAACAGCCAAUAGUAGAAUGCAGUUGUGAUAUGCCGCAUACGCUGAGAUGCUUAGGAGACAGGAGAGCAAUACCCAUAAUAAGUUGGACCUUACGCUCCCUUAGCACCGCAUCUGUAUCCCUCUUGGACUGCACAAUUCAGAACCUCACUGUAAUCACUGGUCCACUGCUUGAGGGCGUAUCCCUUCACGGUCUAGUCAUAUCUUCAGGAGAAUUGAGAGAAGUCAAUCAAGUAGCUUUUCAAGGGUUGAAAUCGCCACUACAAGCACUGGGACUGCCCAAUAACCAAUUAUCCUCUGUCCCCACAGCAGCUUUAAGUUUUUUACAAGAUUUGGAAAGGUUAGACUUGUCCAGCAACAAACUCAAGAGUCUGGACUCCAAUUCGUUCAAGGGCCUGAAAAAUCUCUCCUUCAUCGACCUCAGCAACAAUUUAAUCUCGAAGAUAGCGCCCUCCACAUUCAAUAAGCUUCUUCUGUUAAAAGUGUUGAGAUUGAGGGGAAACCGUAUCAAACUUGCGAAUAUAUUGAAAUUGAGUUCAAUGUCGAACGUUGAAGACUUGGAUUUAUCCGAAAAUCUUUUGCUGGGUCCUCUCGGUCCAAAAACCUUCCCUAAAAUGGACGCGUUGAGGGAUCUCCAACUGUCUCACAACCUGAUAAGUAGCAUUAAGUUAGGAGCUCUCGAAGGAUUGGUAAAUCUGCGGAGUUUGAGUGUACACCAUAACCAAAUAGAUGUGAUAGAGGAUCAUGCGUUCAGUCAGUUAUUCAAACUUGUCUCGUUGGAUCUAUCGAACAAUAGGAUUGUAGCAGUUUCUGGUGCUUCCCUAGCUCAUUUGGGGAAACUCAAAGAAAUAAAUCUGAGCAAUAACUACCUGAGAGCCCUAACGGCAGAUCUGAUAACCCCUCUGAAAAGCCUGAAGACGUUGAGACUGGACGAUAAUGACAUAUCAAUUGUUGCUGGAGAUGCUCUUAAAAAUAUAACAGUUCUGAAAGAACUGAGUCUUUCGGACAAUCCGCUCAACUGUGACUGCAGCCUUGGAGACUUCAAUACGUGGCUGACAAACUCUGCCUUAUCGCAAAAAGACAAGGAGAGCGCAGUUUGUGCCACGCCGCCAUCUUUAGAAAAUGGCCUACUGGUAGAAAUACCAUCAGAAAAUUUGAUUUGUGGGGAGGAAGAACAAGACAACAGCAAUUCGCCCACCGUGACGUCAUCUGUCAAAAAUCAGAUAAGCAUCAAGGAUUUCAAAUACGACGGUCGAACUGUGGAUUUGAUAUGGAAAAUAGAGGAAGAUGGUAUACCGUACACUUGCGAUGCCAUUUACGUGUACGAAGAACAAGGGCUCAGCGAAAUACUGAUAGAAUCAACGCCUCUCAAGUGUAAUUCGACCGAAAUGCAAGAUCCGACAUCUUUGAAAAUCUCAGUACCAGGCCUGAUAGAUCUGCAGAAGCUCCAUAAAUACAGAUACUGUUUGGUGUUGCUUCAGAAUGGAGAAUCUGACGAUGUAUCCCUCGUUUUGGGAUGUUCCGAUAUUUUACCGUUGGUACAAAACGUUGAGGCCCAAAAUGAACCCUUGGUUCAAUAUCCUAAAGUCACAUCGCUACUUGGAAACUUGUCUAGGACGGGGAGUUUAACAGUGAAAGUGAAUGUUCAUCCGGAAACGAAAUGUGAAGUUUAUUUAGCGAUUUUCGAACAAGGACUCUUGAUUUCCGAGAAAAACUUGAACUGCAGUAAUCCCCAACACGUUUUCUCGGGAAUGACGAAUGGUCCUUACCGGGCAUGCGCAAGUAUAGUUCAUCCCGGUCUUCCCCCAGAAAACUACAAAAAAAGAUGUAUAAACGUGUUCAGGAUCGAGAACAUGGUUGUGUCUGGCUUAGAUUUCGCCAUGCUGUCGAUAUUUAUAAUAUUCUGCUUCGUACUCCUGUCAUUCAUAUGGGGAUUACGAAAAAUAUUACUAAAAACUAAAUUAGAAACUCACCAAUGCUAUAUAUCCCCAGAAAUGGAAUCUGAUCAAAGUAACCAAUAUGUCAAACUGCAAGCGACUACGAAAGUAUAAAUGUUAAUGUUUUUUCAAGAUGACAUUUAGUGCCAUAAACUUAUGUUUUCAAUGUUUAAAUUGAAAUUAUAUAUUGUACAUGAUUAACAUAAUUUGUUAUAAAAUUUUAAUAAUAUUGUUACUUAUUUGUAUAAGAAUAUUAAUGCUUCAUAUAUUUGCUGAUACUAAAAUAUAAUAUUUUACGGUU